AAACCAUUCUCAUCAAAAGACUUAAUACUGUUAAUUGUUAAGAUUAAGAAUACCAAAAGUUUCUUAAGAGAAUACUCAUCUUCUCUGUGAUCAAAAACUCGUAUUCUUCUUCUGAUAUCUUUUGUUGAUGGGUUUGUAGCAAUGAAUCCUCGACGAAAUUUAAAAAACCAGUUUGAUCUUAGUUUAUUAGAUGAUUUUGGUUUUAGUGAAUGGAACACUCACAAUAGUUUGGAAGAAUCAAGUCAACAUAAAGAUUUUCAAGAGAUCUAUGAAGUUUUGUAUGAAGAGGAAGAUAUUUAUAAAGAAGACACACGUAACUGUAUGGGAAACAAUGAGAACAUUAUUCCAGUUAAUGGAGAAAAAAAUGACGAGCUUGAUGAUGAAAUAGUUCCACCAAAUAACACAAAAGAAUUAUCGGAAGAAGAGAUCAACAGUAUUCGCCCAUUUAUCGGUAAAGAAUUUGAAUCACAAGAUGAAGCCUAUGAUUUCUACAACUGUUAUGCAGGUAAUAUUGGAUUUAGUAUUCGUCGGCAGACCACUAACAAGUCUAGAGUUGAGCCUUUCGAAGUCAUACGGCGUAUAUUUUGUUGUAGUCGUCAAGGGGUACGGGAUCGUAGAGCUAAGCCGGUUGAAGAAAGGAAAAGGAACCAAGCUGAUACAAGGGAAAAUUGUAAUGCUGAUAUGGUUAUAACGAAGAAAAAUGGUAAAUGGGUUGUAACUAGUGUUACAGAAGAACAUAGUCAUAAACUUGUGUCUCCGAGUAAAAGGCAUAACAUGCGGUCAUUGAGAGUCAUAAAGAGCAGCCAUAAACAAGUUAUUGUGAACAUGCGUCCAGCAGGUGUCAAAACAAAUCAAAUGAUGAAUUACUUGGCAGUUGAAUCGGGUGGAAUUAGGAAUAUUGGAUUUCUUGCAAAGGACGGAAGAAAUUAUUUAAGUAUGAAACGACAAUUAGAGCUAAAACAUGGAGAUGCACAAGCUGUACUUGAUUACUUUCAAUAGCAACAAAUGGAGAAUCCGUCAUUUUUUUAUUCAAUCCAAGUUGAUUCUGAAGGCCAAAUGACCAAUUUUUUUUGGGCGGAUGCUAAAUCACGGAUGGAUUAUUACUAUUUUGGCGACGUAGUUUGCUUUGAUCCUACCUACAGUACAAACAAGUACGAUAUGCCAUUUGUUCCUAUUGUGGGAGUUAAUCAUCAUUAUCAAACUGUAUUGUUUGGUGGAGCUUUGCUCUAUUAUGAAAGUGAGGAUUCAUUUGAGUGGGUAAUGAAAACAUGGAUGAGGGCAAUGCACGGCAAAGCACCCAAAGUUAUUCUUACAGAUCAAGAAUCAGCUAUUGGAGGUGCUAUUGCACAUGUUCUACCAGGUACGCGUCAUAGAUAUUGCUUAUGGCAUAUAUGUAGAAAUGCUAUGAAAAAUUUGUCCAAUGUGAGCAAAGAAUUCGUUUCGGAGUUCAAUAAUUGUUUAUAUGGAUAUGAAACGGUUGAACAGUUUGAGCUAGGUUGGGCUACAAUGCUUAAAAAUCACAAUUUAGAUAAAAAUAAAUGGUUAUCAACAUUGUACAACAAACGCGAACAUUGGGCAUCAGUGUACACGCGUAAUGUAUUUUGUGCUGAUAUGUAUACAACACAGCGAAGUGAGAGUAUAAACUCUUAUUUUGAUGGAUUUUUAAGAAGAGAUAUGCCUUUGUGUGAAUUUGUCCGGCAGUAUGUAAGAGCAGUAGUUGCAAGAAGAGAGGCAAAGAACAAUAUGGAUUAUGAAACAAUAUAUACAAAACCAGUUUUGAGAUUUCGAAUGUGUAUUGAGGAGGACGCAACUUUGGUGUACACAAAGAUAAUUUUUACUAAAUUCCAAGAACAGUUAACUGAAUGUUUUUCUUAUUCUCAUGAAAGAGUGAACAAAAGUGGAACAUUGUCUACUUAUCAGGUAUCUAGAGUUGGAUAUGCGCAUAAACACCGGACAGUGAUAUUUGACUCUUUUAACAAGAGUGCUCAAUGCAGUUGUCUACUGUACGAGUUUGCUGGUUAUUUGUGCAGACACAUCUUAAAGGUUUUCGUAGUCGAGAAUGUUCAAAAUCUUCCAACUCAACAUGUUCUAAAACGGUGGACCAAAGAUGCUAAAUUUGGACCGGUGGUGUUUGACCAAGGUGAAGAAAUUGUAGUUGAUUGUCAGGAUAUGGUUACAGUUAGAUACAAUAAACUUUGUCAAGAUGCGAUCAAUAUUGCAGUUAAAGGUUCGACAUCAAUCUCGGUGUACAACGUGGCAGUACAAGCGUUACAUAAAGCUUUAAAAGAAAUCGAGGAAGCUAUAAAAUCCUCCCAAGUAAACCCAGAUGGACAACCUGACGUUACACAGUAUGAGGAUAUUACAAGACAAGAAGAAAUUGUAGAAAACCGACCAAACUUUCGAAGACCAUUGAAAGAACCACUAAUUGUAAAGCGUAAAGGAAAACCUGGUAGAAGGAAGUCAUGGGUUGAUGCGCUCAAUAGGAAACCAAAGAACAAGGAAACAAAGGGAAAAAGAGGAUCAGGAAGUUCACCAAGGUUGCCAGCAGUUGAAUUGGAGAUCGCCAACUCUCAAGAUAAACAACCGAGAAAAAGGAAAAAGAACAAAUCAGUUGCAUUGGUUAAUACCAACUCUCAAGACAAGAACAAAAGAAAAGAAAAAAAAUCAUCAAACAAAGGAAGUUUCACUGAAAUAAGCAGUCAUCAACCUGAAAAUGCUGAUAUCCGACACCAACCAAACGAAAUUGAUCUUAAUAUUGAUCUUACUGGUCAUAGUUGGGUAAUAUUCUUUUCAUAUAUUUAGUUUGAGGUUUAUACUAUUGCCCAUGGUCGCUAAUCCAUAUAUUCUUAUAUGGGCUACAUGAUUUAGCUAUUUGAAUGGAAGUAAGAUUCCUCCGAGAGAGAAGCCUAGGUUCUUGAAGAAUGAUGAUGCUGGUAUCAUUGAUAUGCUUCCAUCCAAGCCGACGUUCAUUACCGACGACGGAAGGCAGAUGCUUGCUAUCAAAAAGAACUAAAGAGAAAGUCAUGCAGUUCAUAGUUUCUAUAAAUUUAGGAGUCAUGGAUUAUUCAGUUACAUAUUUUUUGGUUGGUUUCGCAAGACAAACGUAUCUAAAAUCAUAUUUAGUUUUGGGAACUUAAGAAAAAAAUUCUAAAUUGUCUUCAUGUUGGGUACUUUGCGAUUUUUUGUUUAUGAACAUCACUAUAGUAAAAUUUUA